GGUAAUUUGCAAUAUUUGUAAAAAGAGUAUAAUAAAAUUACACGUAAGCUCUAGAUUCAAUAUAUCCCAUUUUGUCAACAGAGCUCUGAUAGCAGAUCAUUGAAUUUCAGAGCUAGAAGCGGCCAUGGAGAGUAUCAAAUCCAACCCCUUAGAUGAUAAGCAAAACUGAAGCCAAGGAAUAUUGAGUCACUGCCCGGUUAUACAGCUUACCAGAGGAGAACAAGGCUGGAGUCUCAGCCUCCCCAAGUCCAAAUCCCAUUCCUUUUUCAAUACGUCACACCUUUUCUCACUACACAGACUUUCAACAUCAGUCUAUUAGUCUUCAGAAUGUGAAAAUAGAGUUAAAGGAGUUUGCUGUGUGAUUGAGCACCUGGAAGCAAAGCACUCAUUCUUAAAAGCAAAGCUGGAAAUAUAAGAAAAUUCUAUUAGAGAACUUUCUUCCCAGGCUGCUUUUUCUCUCUGUUCAGGUGUAGAGUGUUUUACAGUAACAUUUGCCAUCAGGCAGUAGCUAUUAAUCUUUGACUAUAUUUUUAAAGCAACCAUGCCAAUUUUAGAUUACUGUUUAAAACAUGUGUCUCCAACUCACUAUCUGAUCAUCUUGGAAAUUAUUUGCAGAUUUUAUUUUCAUGCUGUUUCUAAAAAGCACUCUGCCCUUGCCCAGAGAAAUCUGUAGAUAUUAAAUUUGGUGUUUGAAAUGUGCACUUUGGCAGACCUCCAUUUACAAAAGUAUCUUUUUUAUGAAGGGUAAAGCGCAGCUGAUUAUACGUACACAAAGCCCAGAGGAAAUGGGCUGCAUUGAUGGUAACUGACUGCUGGAGCAGGAAAGGCUCACUUUCCCCGUCCUUCCAACCCCUGCUCUGAGAAUCACCACCUAAGGCGUAGCCAGAAUAUUUUGUUUGAUAAUCCAGCAAAGUGUCAGGGGAGGGAGGAAGAGGAAGAGCAGGGCACUUCCCAUGUGGGUGGGAAGGGAGGCUCUGUAAGCUUUCCCCGUGACUAGAGCUGGGGAAGUUGAUCUCUUUCAUGCUGUAGAUGUGGCAUGCUGCAGUCACGCCUCCCGCUGCCAGCCCAGCACCAGGCUCCUAAUCAGUCACUAUGAAAACUCAUUAGCUCUACAGCAAUGAGUCCUCCACUGCUGAAGCUUGGCGCUGUGCUUAGUACAAUGGCAAUGAUCUCAAACUGGAUGUCCCAAAUUCUCCCAUCCUUGGUAGGACUGAACACCACGAGGCUGUCGACGCCAGAUACCUUAACUCAGAUUAGUCCCAAAGAAGGGUGGCAAGUGUACAGCUCUGCACAGGAUCCUGAUGGGCGAUGCAUUUGCACAGUGGUUGCUCCAGAACAAAACCUGUGUUCCAGGGAUGCCAAGAGCAGGCAACUUCGCCAACUGCUGGAAAAGGUUCAGAACAUGUCUCAAUCUAUUGAAGUCUUAAACCUGAGAACUCAGAGAGAUUUCCAAUAUGUUUUAAAAAUGGAAACCCAAAUGAAAGGGCUAAAGGCCAAGUUUCGACAGAUUGAGGAUGAUCGGAAGACACUAAUGACCAAGCAUUUUCAAGAGUUAAAAGAGAAGAUGGAUGAGCUCCUGCCUUUGAUCCCUGUGCUGGAACAGUACAAAACAGAUGCCAAGUUAAUCACCCAGUUCAAGGAAGAAAUUCGGAAUCUAUCUGCAGUGCUCACUGGAAUUCAGGAAGAAAUUGGUGCCUAUGACUAUGAGGAGCUCCAUCAAAGAGUGCUGAGCCUGGAAACCAGACUUCGUGACUGCAUGAAAAAGCUCACAUGUGGCAAAUUGAUGAAAAUCACAGGCCCAAUUACAGUCAAGACAUCUGGAACCCGAUUUGGUGCUUGGAUGACAGAUCCUUUAGCAUCUGAGAAAAAUAACAGAGUCUGGUACAUGGACAGUUAUACUAACAAUAAGAUUGUCCGUGAAUACAAAUCAAUUGCAGACUUUGUCAGUGGGGCUGAAUCAAGGACAUACAAUCUCCCUUUCAAGUGGGCAGGAACUAACCAUGUUGUCUACAACGGUUCACUCUAUUUUAACAAGUAUCAGAGUAAUAUCAUCAUCAAAUACAGCUUUGAUCUGGGGAGAGUGCUUGCCCAACGAAGCCUAGAGUAUGCUGGUUUUCACAACGUUUACCCCUACACCUGGGGUGGAUUCUCUGACAUCGAUCUAAUGGCUGAUGAAAUCGGGCUGUGGGCCAUAUAUGCAACCAACCAGAAUGCAGGCAAUAUUGUCAUCAGCCAGCUUAACCAAGAUACGUUGGAGGUGAUGAAGAGCUGGAACACCGGCUACCCCAAGAGAAGUGCAGGGGAAUCUUUCAUGAUCUGUGGGACACUGUAUGUCACCAACUCCCACUUAACUGGAGCCAAGGUUUACUAUUCCUAUUCCACCAAAACUUCCACUUAUGAGUACACAGAUAUUCCCUUCCAUAACCAAUACUUUCACAUAUCCAUGCUUGACUACAAUGCAAGAGAUAGAGCUCUUUAUGCCUGGAACAAUGGUCACCAGGUCCUAUUCAAUGUCACUCUUUUCCAUAUCAUUAAGACUGAGGAUGACACAUAGACAAACGUGACUUCUUUUCACUGAUAUAAACAGUGUCAUUCGUGAUAAACUCUAUAGGACCCCUUCUAUUGUUCUUUACUGUAACUUUGCAUCAUUUCUCCAAAGCAGAACAUUUUAUUGUAAAGUUGGUGUUAAAAAAAAUAGCUGACCUAUGUUAAUCUGUUGGAAACACAUCUUAACUCCUAAAUUUACAAGGCCUAUCAUGUCUUGUCAUGAAAAGCACUAAAAAGAGUUUAAGUGGCUAAAGUCAUAGUUUUGCAAAUGAUUGAUGAUCUGCCUUAUAUUAGAGUCAGAGACUAAUGGUGGCUUAAAUGCAUGAAUGUCUUUUUUUUUAAAAAAACUCUGUCAUUUUUUACUGUCUUUUGCUCCACACCAAGAAAUAUUUUGGUAGGAAAUAGGAUUUUAAAAAAAAGCACUUCCCCCUCCAUUUAUUUCUAAAAAAAAAUCAAGGAUUUAAUUUAUAUGGAAAAAUAGUAUUAAUCAAUUUGCUGUUAACACAAUUCUCUGAUGAGGUGCUGUACAGUCAUUUUUAAAUCUCUUGCUAGCAUUUUAUUGGCAAUAUGUAUUUCUACCAUUGUAAUCACCAUCGUACAAUUGUAUCUAUUCACUUCUGUGAACGCAAGUACUAUUUUUUAUAAAAUGCACUGAAAUUUAUCCUCAGUAGUUAUUUAAAUGUUCAAGUGUAGGCAAGAAGGAUUUUCAUGGCUCACCCCUUUUCAUAAGUAUUAUAAACUAAACAGAAAGUCAAAUUAGGUAUCUUCCAUUGAGUCUUCAUUUUACUCCAUUUGCAGAUCCACUGAAAAUGAAGGUAAAAAUCUGUUUCACUAUUGCUAAGUUAACUCUAUUUACUCCACUGAAAGGAACUCAUAAAAAUGCUUGCAGAAGUUAUACCCAAGUCAUAAAAAUUGGAUUUGGAUUGACUCUAGCUAUUUAUUAUACAUCAAACACAUUUUAUUCUAUACAAUGAAAUACACUGGUAAAUAACAUAUUUACACACAAUUUGCCAUGGAGCACUAGGCUAAUCCUCCGCCUGUGGCGCCAGCACCCCAGGUUCUAGUCCCAGUCAGGGCGCUGGAUUCUGUCCCGGUUGCUCAUCUUCCAGUCCAGCUCUCUGCUGUGGCCUGGGAAGGCAGUGGGCCCUGCACCUGCAUGGGAGACCAGGAGGAAGCACCUGGCUCCUGGCUUCGGAUCGGCGCAGUGCGCCAGCCACAGCGGCCAUUUGGGGGGUGAACCAACAGAAGGAAGACCUUUCUGUCUCUCUCUCUCUUUCUCACUGCCUAACUCUGCCUGUCCAAAAAAAAAAAAAAAAAAAAAAAAAGCCUAUGAAGCACAUAUGAAAACUUUUAAUUAUUUUAUCUGUUAAAUCCUCUAAAUUUAGAUGAAUAUCACUGGAAAGUUAUUGGCAGUGUUUUCGUAAAAGAAAAUGAUGGAAGAUAUUUGGGAGUUGUCUGUGCAGUUUCAAAUGUAUAAAUAACCAAUUCAGAAAAUAAAUGAGAAGGCAACAUCUUGAUACACUGAUUCACUAUAUGUACAGAAACAAUAUAGCCAACAAAAAGAAACUUAAAUAAUAUUUUUAUCUUAAUAAUCUUUCAAAGUAUACAAUUAAUAUAUAUAUAUAUGAAAAACAAAACAUGUUAUUAAGUUUGGAUAUAUUUUCCAUGUAUUAAAAAUACUUCCCUAAGGCAGCUUUAUGGAAACUAUUAUGGGUUAGUUUAACAUUUAAAAGUCUAUUCUAUAAUAAAUAUAUUACUUACAUUAUUGUAAAUCUUUGGUUUUACACAUACUGAAUACCACAAUUUUCUCUGAGAAAUGAGUAUAUGUUAAUUCACAUAAGGUAUUGGAUAAAAAUGCUGAUAUUUAAGAGUAUUUCAUUUCAAGUGAAACAUCACUUUAAUGUAUGUCACUGCCAAAAUUAUAGGAUUAAAUAACCCAUUCUUGAAACUAUUCACAAAGAUUUAACUAAUAUUUCUUUCCUUUUUUUACCUACAAAAAGGUAGCAUGAUUGAAUGACCACUCUGGAUCCUUUAGCAAUGUUCUUCUCUUUUAAAAAGUUUAUGCAAGUUCUCCUUCAGUAUGGGAGUUGGAAAAUUUAGGAGGUUCAUUUAUUGUUGUACACACAUAUAAAAAUAAUCAGUCAAAUCUUUGUGUUCCAAGAGUUUGUAUGAGGCAAGAAAGUCACAUAUGAGUUUCAGAAAUGAAUGAAAAUUCAAGCAGAUGGCCUCUAAUAGAUAUCUCUCCAUUACUUGUCUUUUAAAAGUGAUGUUAUAUGGUAUCAUACACAUUCAAAAUCCGGUGGAUCACAGCUUAUGUGCGAAGUAUGCAGCUUUUGAGUACUUUAUCGUUUUCUAUGUAAGCUUUCAUCGCCAUAUCCAAUUUAUAGUAUUUGUGCUACUAAAAUAAGAGCAGAAUUUAUUAGUGUCACUGGAAGUGGGGUUAACAUGAGUUUAAAAAUGUGAUUUGCAUUAAAUAUUUACAAAUUAAAAGCAUUUUCUUAAUGAAUUAUUAUAGGUUUUGUGCCUGAAAUAAACAAGAACUUACUCUAAUCACUGUUGUUUUUAAAUCUCUGAAACUAAAAUAAAUUUUAUCAAAUAAUGUGUAUUUCUAAAUCAUCCAUAUAAUUCAAGCAGUAAAUAUGUUGAAUCUCAGAAACUUGUAAUCCUAAGUAAACUGUGUAACUGAUAUUUUCUGAAUUAAUUAAUUAAUCUGAUCAUUAGCAAACUUUCAUGUCAUUCAAUAAUAAUAUGUUCGUGGUCUGAUUGUGUUGUGUGUGUUAUUUGUAUUUGUGGAAUAAGGAUCAGAAAUGUUAUUCAUUGCAUCUAAACUUGUAUGUAUGAGUAUGGAAAAUGGUAGUGUUUCAGUGCAUUACCACUGUGUAGAGCUAAAAAGAGAAUAUAAUGCAAUUGAAUUCCUUUCAUUGAAUUAUGAGCGAUUAGUUUUGAUCUUCCAUAAACCCCAAAUAUUUGAUUCUUAUGAUCACACUCAGAGUCAUUUAAACUUUAUCAAUAGUACCAUUUGUUCUGCUGAAAUAUUGGCUUCAAAAAAUAAUGUUAACUACUUAUCAAUCCUUACUCUAAUAUCAAACACAGCUCCAUAUCUAUUAAAGAACUACCAAACUUACAAGUACAAAUUUUUCUGGAAGAAAAUUAUUUUAGAAUGUAUAUAAAUUGUAUGGAAUGUAUGUAAAAUUUAGAAUGUAUAUAAAAUUGUGAUUAUAUUCAUUAAAAAUAGUUAUUCCUCUACUAGUAUAAGUUUUACAUAUAAUAAUCCUUUAGCAUUAUUCCUCAUAAAGAAUAGAUAGCUUAAUUUUUUAAAAACCUUGUCUUCUUGACACUCAGUAUUAAUAGCACUGUUUGUUCAAAUGUUAAUUUGAAUGCAAUUGGUAUAAAAUUGAAAGUGUUGCUUCAAGUUAAAGUAAACAUGAAAAAAUAUCAUUGAAGUAUCUACACAAAAUACCUUUUCAAAAUAAGAUAAUUAUUAAAACAAAAAAAUCAGCAUCUUACUGAUUUGAUUGAGUAGCUAUGAUUAUAUCCUUUAUCACAUAUACAAAUUGAGUUUCCUUAAUUUGAUCAAAGUGUGGACAAUUAGAAGCAAUGUACUUCAUCCUCUCCGUCACUGCAUAAGUGGACCAAGGACAGAGCUACUAUAAUGUGGUCUCCUAAGUAUUAGUACCACAGGCAGGGGACAUGAAUUAAAAUUUGAUUGCUAUAGGAUAACACAAAGUCUUACUCACUGAUUGUUUAUAGCUAGAAAUGGAAAUUUCUAGAAAGGCUCAGAGUCACUGAAUAUUACUCAGUUCAAUGGACUAUAUAUGGAAUUAUUUCUGAUUCUAAAAGCUAACUAAACUCAGCAUAAAAAUGUUAGGGAUUUGUCAUGAUCAGUCCCUUCAGAGAAGGUCUGGAGCUUAAUAAAAUAUUUUUUAAUUGUUGAACUUAUACUUGGAAAAAAUACAAUGAAAACAUGCUUAUGAAAGAAAGACCAACUUCAUUGAUAUUUUCAUUACUUUUCUAAGAACUGAUGAGUUCAAUCAUCAAAAUCUAUUUAAUAGUGAAUAGAACACUAUUCACUAUAUGAUUUACCCAAUGAAAAAAUAAUCUUCUCCAAACUGUCUUUAUCAAGCAGAUAUAUUUGACUCCUAUCUUGAAAUUAUAUUAUGUGGUUUAUCUCUUUUAGGUUGAUUUGUUCCAUCAGGCUUAGAGGGAUUUUAAUCCUGUUUGGAUUCUGCCUUGUCUACAAAAUGUCAAACUGGUUAGCAUAAAGCUUAUCCCCUUUGAAGCUCAGUUCCUCAAAUGUCAAAUUAAGUUUUAAAAAUAUAGAUUAUUAUUAAACAUGACUUGAAUAUAAAAUAAGAGCAUAAAGUUGUACCUUAUCAAGAGUAUAUAGUAACUUUCAUAACUAUGGCCACCUUAGAAUAUUAUUCCUAGUUAGAGAUGUAAAGCAAUUUGGUAGAUAUGAAAGAGUUCUCAGAAACAUCUACGGGCUAAAAGAGUUUUCUGAUUAAUUACACACAUACAAUCAUAUAUACAUAUAUGCGGUUCAGUUCUAGAUUGCACCCAUAGCAAAUCCAAGAAGAGCCUCAAUAUGUUUUUUUUUUUGUAAUGACUAAAUAUUGCUUGUAUAUGUCAUUCCCUAACAGAAUUCAGACUUGGAAACAAUGUGUAUCAGUAGAUAUUUCUGGAAAAUAAACAUUAUAUGACAAAAUCCUUGAAAAUGGAACAAGAAUUGAGCUGAAUGAAGAAAAUACUGGUCACUUUCAGUUUCAGCAUGUCAUAGAAGUUUCUCAAACUGCAAUAAUACAGUUGCUACAGUAACAUUUCAGCCAGUUGUUUGUCUACAUCAUUCUUGAGAUUACAUGAAUUCCUAUAGAUUCCCAAUUUGUAGUCUACAGACUUUGCUUCUAAGCAAUUCUGAAUCAUUUGUUUUGAAAAAUCAUUAAGUAAAACCAUGUACCAACUUAUGGUCUAUAUGCUAGGAAUAUAGCUGUCAACAGAUUAAGUCAUUAUGUGCUUUCAUUGUUGUGAAAGCAGAAUGAAACAACACCAAAAAUUAGUGAAAAGGAAGUUCUCAUUGUAUGAAUUGCUAUGAAAGACAUUUUAAGAAUCUAUAAUGAGUGACUCGGUGUUUGCCAGGGGCAGGAUAGAGUAGGGAAUGAUAUUUAGAGAGCCCAGUUGAAGUACAAAAUGAUAUUUAGAGAACCUGCUGCUCCUCCGCACGCGGAGGAGCCGCACUAGACCGGACGCUUGAUGUUCCCCUUUUUUACAAGUCCUUUCUAUAGUAAAGUAAGAAUAAGUAAACAGCAAACUCCCAAAGCAAGAAUGAGUAGAGAGAAAUGAGAAAGAACGAAGCAACGAACUUCCCCGCGAACUCUCCAACGCACUCUCCAACCAACCCACACCACCAUGCCGUCUCUCUCCUCCUAUAUAGUCCUCUCCACCAAUCCGUGCUCUGCUACCCACACGCCGAGCGCGCUGCUCUCCUCCAAUCAGGAGCGGCUCCUGCAGCUUGUCAAGUUGGUGAGAGGCAGCUGGGUAGAAGCUGUUUGCUCCUCUCCCAGCGCCAUAUUGUGGGAGAGCAGAUGCAUAGAAUAAGUCUUAAUUCCAGUAACAGUCUAGUCCGAGUUGCUCCCCACAGAACCCAGUUGAAGGAGGUAUCCCGGCGAAGCAGGGAGGCCCCUCCCCUGAAAGAAUAGAAUGCCAGCGUCCGAUCCUCGUGAAAAAUUUGACAUCAUCCUCCUGGUUACCUGAGCAAAGUAUUCCUAAUCUUUCCCUGUGUCAGAAUCUUUGUUUGUUUUUUGGUCUGUAUCUUAAAGUUCAAGAAUGCACUUCCGGACUUGACUGGGAUCUCAUGAAAACACAUACUUCACUUGAUGUGUGGUUGUAUAACUUUUCUAUUAGAGGAUUUACAGUUUUUAUCAGAUUCUCCAUGAAAUCUAUGACCCAGCAGACCACCACUAUGUCAAUUCAAUCUAAUUCAAUAAAAAUGUAUUAAAUAUUAUUAGAGCAAGCACUGAACAUCUAUCAACAUCCUUGCAACCCUUGAGAUUUUUAGCUUACUUAGGAAAAGAGAAAAUCAAUACCAUAGUAUUAUCAGUAAGUUUUUCUUUAGGAACACUCAAGGUUAAGUUGUCUCCUGUAAAUGCUCUGAAGAGUUGUGAUAGAUAGAUAGAUAUAGAUAGAUAGAUAGACAGACAGACAGUUCAUUUUCUGUGAUCCACUGGUUCAGACGCAUUCAUGCCCAAUUUACUGACCCAAGAUUCUCUAUCAUAAUAAGCCUGUCUCACAUCUAUUUGAAUCUGGAGAACAUUCACUUAAAAUUCUAAUGCAGUCAUUUGGCAGCACCAUUAGACUCUGGCUGGAAUUGAGCAGAUGCAGUGUGCUCCAUCAAAUCUAAGUGCAAACUCUUCUGAAAUUAGCCACUGAAACAAAACAUAAACAGCAAAAAAUAAAGUUUUAUCACUUUCCUCGAUUUGGAACUGCAUGUAGUUGAUAAUGUAUAAAAUCUACAGUGCAGGAAAAUUUUAAAAUACUUUUUAUUAAAAACAGAACUCCAGUCACAUUUAUACAAAGUCGUGAUGAGUAGAGAAUUGAGGCUGCUUCUCUCACCGAUGUUUACUUUGAGUUUUUCUUCCCCCCAAAAUUUAGAAACAUGUAUCCAUUAGCUCUGACUGUAGUGUAAAACAAAAAUAAUAAAAAUAAACAUUUUUGCUGUUCCUCUACCAUUAAACUCCUUUAGAAACUGCUGUACUCUUGGAAUAUGAAGUAUACAUUGAAAAUCAACACUCUCAUAUUAAUAUAUUUUUAAAAAAGACAAAAUCUAACAUGAAAAUCAAUGUUUGUUCCAUGUAUUUUUCAUCAAUAUCAUAUUUCAACUUGUUUAGUUCAUCCACUGUUUUUGGAUCUAACUUAACCAACUCUCUAAUUUGUGCCCUGGAUCUGGUGCCCCCAUUUGGACAUUCUUCUUUUGAGUACUGACCUCUGAUUCCCCAGCUGUAAAAAUCAGUUUUACUUUUUGCCUUACCUAAGGACCACUUCCAUUAGCUAUGGCUCCAUAAAAUGCCUCAGUACCAACAAAGUCCUUAUUUUUCAUGUCAAGUGAAGGGGGAUUACAUUAAUCAUCCUUCAUAAUUCACUUUCAAGAUUGACCUCUCACUCUCAUUCAUUAAAUUUCUAUGCAUCUUUAAAAAUUCACUUAUAAUGUUGUCUUAUUUCUGAUGCACAUUUAUAGGCAUUGUUUUGUGUUCCUAUUGUUGCUUGUGUGUUAUUAAAAUUUUCACAUCA